GGAGGAGGAAGCCGGGUGGCGUGCAAGGGCCCUGAGGUGGCAGUGCACCUCGCUAGCGGGAAGAGGGACCCGCCGGCCCGGAGGGAGAGCUCUCAGGGCCAGAGCCAGCAGGAGGAUGCGUUCCCAGCCCCGCCAUGGAGCUGCGUUGUGGGGGGCUGCUGUUCAGCUCCCGCUUUGACUCGGGGAACCUGGCACACGUGGAAAAGGUGGAGUCUUCGUCUAGUGAUGGGGAAGGGCCAGGAGGGAUGGCAGCUCCUGCUGGCAGUGUGAGUUCCCCCGACUACGAGUUCAACGUGUGGACCCGGCCAGACUGUGCUGAAACCGAGUAUGAGAAUGGGAACAGGUCCUGGUUCUACUUCAGUGUCCGGGGAGGCACCCCAGGGAAACUUAUCAAGAUCAACAUCAUGAACAUGAACAAGCAGAGCAAGCUCUAUUCCCAGGGCAUGGCCCCCUUCGUGCGCACAGUGCCUACCCGGCCGCGCUGGGAACGCAUCCGAGACCGGCCCACCUAUGAGAUGACAGAGACGCAGUUUGUGUUAUCCUUUGUUCACCGUUUCCUAGAAGGCCGAGGGGCCACCACCUUCUUCGCCUUCUGCUACCCCUUCUCCUACAGUGACUGCCAGGAUCUGCUAAGCCAACUAGACCAGCGCUUCCUGGAGAACCACCCUCCCCAGAGCAGCCCCCUGGACACCAUCUAUUACCACCGGGAGACCCUUUGCUACUCUCUGGACGGGCUGCGCGUAGAUCUGCUCACUGUCAGCUCCUACCAUGGGCUUCUCGAGGACCGGGAACCACGGCUGGAGCUGCUCUUUCCUGACACCAGCACCCCCAGACCUUUCUGUUUUACGGGCAAGAGGAUCUUUUUCUUAAGCAGUAGGGUUCACCCUGGGGAGACCCCAUCUAGCUUUGUCUUCAAUGGCUUUCUGGACUUCAUCCUUCGGCCUGAUGACCCCCGGGCCCAAACCCUGCGACGCCUGUUUGUCUUUAAGCUGAUUCCUAUGUUGAAUCCUGACGGUGUGGUCCGUGGCCACUACCGUACAGACUCACGGGGCGUGAACCUGAACCGCCAGUACCUGAAGCCUGAUGCACUCCUGCACCCUGCCAUCUAUGGGGCCAAAGCCGUCCUCCUCUACCACCACGUGCACUCGCGCCUCCGCGCACAGGCCACCUCCGAGCACCAGCAGAGCCCCCUCCCACCUAGUGCACCCCUUGCAGACCUGGACCAAACCGACAGCACUGUCACCGGUGCAGCUCACCUUGAGCACAUCCCCCAAGGGGACAACUCCAGGGACUGGCCCCAGUCAGAGACCAGCAGCACAUGGGUCAUGUCCCAGCAGUCAGCUGAGCCACCAGCCCCUGACAUCAUACCCCCCCGAGAAAGCGGGGUCGCUUAUUACGUGGACUUGCACGGACAUGCAUCCAAAAGGGGUUGCUUCAUGUAUGGAAACAGCUUCAGUGAUGAAAGCACCCAGGUGGAAAAUAUGCUGUACCCAAAGCUCAUCUCCUUGAACUCAGCCCACUUUGACUUCCAGGGCUGCAAUUUUUCAGAGAAGAACAUGUAUGCUCGAGACCGCAGAGACGGCCAGUCCAAGGAGGGCAGCGGCCGGGUUGCCAUCCACAAAGCCUCAGGGAUAAUCCACAGCUAUACACUUGAAUGCAACUACAACACUGGCCGGUCCGUGAACAGCAUCCCUGCAGCCUGCCAUGACAAUGGGCGUGCCAGCCCCCCACCUCCACCCGCCUUCCCCUCCAGAUACACUGUGGAACUCUUUGAGCAGGUGGGUCGUGCAAUGGCCAUCGCAGCUCUGGACAUGGCCGAGUGCAACCCGUGGCCCCGCAUUGUGCUGUCCGAGCACAGCAGCCUCACCAACCUGCGGGCCUGGAUGCUGAGACAUGUUCGCAGCAGCCGGGGCCUGAGCACCCUGAGCCUGGGACUCACCAAGAAAAGAGGCACCCGGACGCCACCCAAGAGCACCAGGUGGAACUGCAAGGAGCAGCCCCCCGGCCCCUGCUGCCUGGCCCAGGCUGAGCGGCGCCUGCUUCCUUGCAGCGGGUUACCACCUCCCAGCUCCGAGAACACUCUGAGCCGCACACGCAGCUUCAGCACCGGCACCAGCACAGGCGGAAGCAGCAGUAGCCAGCAGAACUCUCCCCAGAUGAAGAACUCCCCCAGCUUUCCUUUCCAUGGCGUUCGACCCCCAGGGCUGCCAGGCCUGGGCUCCAGCACCCAGAAGGUCAGCCGCCGGGAGCUGGGCCCGGUCCGAGACCCCCGCAGCCAGGAAAGGAGGCGGCGACAACAGCCACUGACUUCACGCCCCACAUCCGGCAGCCUGGCUGCACCCCAAACGCUGGCUACUUCUAGCCCAGCCAUCUCACGCAACGUGGGCUCCUGCUUGCUGCCCAGCUCAUUCAGUACUCCAGGGGGCAGCUGCUCGUUCCUAUCUUCAGGGGACAAGUCAGAAGCUGUGAUGGUGAUCGGGAAAAGCCUGCUAGGGCCGGGGCCUCGGAUCCCCUGCAUCAGGACACGACUACAGGCUAGGCCCAGGCUGGGCCGGGGCUCACCGCCGACUUGCAGAGGGAUGAGAGGCUCUUCAGGUCCCACGUCCCCUACCUCCCAGAUCGGGGAGCGCAGUGAGCUGGAGCUGGGACCCUGCUGUGCACCAGGGCUGCCUCAGGCCAGGCCCCCGCGGUCCCGCUCUGCCCCUGCCUUUUCUCCUCUUUCUAGUCUGUCUGAUUUCCCAACCCGGACUUGUUACAGUGCGGGGCCCCUGAGCCAAGCUGAGGUUAGUUUUGCCCCCAAGUUUCCCCCGCUGACUCUUUCUCCCUGGAUCUGAUGCCUUGACCUUCACCCCAGGCUCAGGCCCCGAGAAAGGGGACUGAGUGAGCCCAGUGCUAGUGUCCUCCCUAAGCUGCGGAUGCCACCGCGUGACAGCCACGCCGCCGCCGGGGAAUGCAGCAGCAGCAUUCUGAGGCAUCGCAGAGCCUGACGCAGGAUUAAAGCAGGGACCUGUCGCCCACCUUUCCCUCCCUCCCUCCAGAG